CUUACUUCACAGAGGGGCAAUAGAGAAGUAAGCGGCUCUCUCUCUCUCUCUCUGGUCUGUGGUGCUACAGUGUGCUAGUAGCUGAAAAUGGAAGCGACCCGAGAGCAGUGGGAGGAGAAUGAGGAAGUGGGCAUGGACUUGCGAGGAAGGCCGCCUCGCCAAAACAUCAACACGAUCACUAGUGGUGAAGAUGUUGUCCAUUCCUCACAGAGUUCAAGUGAAGCUGAAUCUCUCAAUGCAGAGGAGGAAGAAGAAGCUAAGGGAAGACCAAGAAAUGGUUUUCGCAUGGUCUCUGACAAAAAUGGAGGUGCCGAAUCCUCAUAUACGUCUGGUUUCAAUGGUGGAGAAGUUGAGUAUCUUAUUUCCGAGAAAAUUUCUGGGAGUGAAAUAGUGGCUAGUGAAGUACAGAGUCUAAGCUUUCAAAAGAGUGUUGAAGCCAAGCGUCAAGAUGAUGACUAUAUUAAGUUGAAGGAUGAAGAGUUACCUGGUUUUGGUGCUUUACCUUCCACGCAGUCCAUUGAGCAAAAUGAAAGCUAUGCUUCUCUGGAAAAUGGAAAGGCUGAACAUGGGAAAGUUAAGUUGAGAGACAUAAGUGAGCAAGAAGUGUCUGAAUUGUAUCUUGAGAGGGUAUAUGAGAAGCCGGCUGCACAUGAAUUCUACUGUCCUAAUUGCAAUUCUUGCAUCACCAAGGUUCUUAUACGUGAGAAGGAAUUGGAGAAUAGACCUGAAACAUUUAGAUGCACUUCCUGCUUUAGUUUCCUCUUUCCUCAAGGCAAUUGGUUCCCUCUCAAAAAAGUGGAACAUCCGACAGUUCGAGUAGAUAAAGCUCCAGAGCCCUAUCUCGAGAGUAGAGUUGGAGUUGAAUUGCCAGUUUCACCACAAGACUCGAAUGAAACAUUUUAUUAUCAAAAUCCUCCAAUUCCUGCUCAGUCAGAUGGAGGUAGUGAAGCCACGUUGAUUGGUAAAGCUCCAGAGCCCUAUCUCGAGAGUAGAGUUGGAGUUGAAUUGCCAGUUUCACCACAAGACUCGAAUGAAACAUUUAAUGCUCAAAAUCCUCCAAUAGGCGCUCAGUCAGAUGGAGUUAGUGAAGCCUUGUUGAUUGAUAAAGCUCCAGUUCCUGGUGACUCUGUUGAAGCUAGCAUUAAUGGAGUUCAGGUGCCAGUUCCAUCAUAUGACUCUAGUGGAACAUUACAUGAUCAAAAAUCUCCAUUGCCUGGUCAGUCGGUUGUUAGCAUAACUGUAACAACUCAGCCACCAGCACCUGAAAUAGAUGAUGCAGGGCCAGCUGAAACAAAACCUCAUGAUAGCACAACAGUCAUUAUUACAUCCGGUGGACCAACAAUAAUAUCUGAACCAAGUGAUGCCAAAACCUUUGAAAUCCUCAAAAGCAUCGUAUAUGGAGGUUUAACUGAAGCAAUUGCAAGCUUAAGCAUUGUGACAUCUGCAGCUAGUGCUGGUGCUGCCACAUUGAACAUUCUAGCUUUGGCCUUGGCAAACUUGCUGGGUGGUCUUUUCAUCAUUGGACACCACCUUUGGGAACUGAAAGUCGAUCAAUCAAGAGUUACCUCCGGUGAAACAGAUGAACAAGUGGAUAGAUAUGCAGAAGUACUGGGGAAAAGAGAGAAUUUCUUUCUUCAUGCCUCAGUUGCCAUAUUAUCGUUCCUCAUUUUCGGAUUAGUACCUCCUUUGGUUUAUUGCUUCUCAUUCCGUCAGAGCAAUGACACGGACUUAAAGCUUGCAGUAGUUGCCGCAUCUUCUCUCUUAUGCAUCAUACUUCUUUCAACUGGUAAGGCUUACAUCCAGAGGCCACAAAAGUACAUCAAAACUUUGCUGUACUAUAUCAUCAUUGGGGUUGGGGCUGCCGGCGUUUCUUACUUAGCAGGCGACCUGAUUGACAAACUUAUAGAGAAGCUUGGCUGGUUCAACUCAACUGUGUCUGGCACUCUGCCUGUUCCUCAGAUGAGUAUAGUGAAGCCUGCAUGGAAAUCCUGGUGACAUAAUGGGAUCUCAACAUGGAAUUUUGUAGUUUUACUUGGAGUUAGUCUUAUUACGGCAGCAAUUAGCAUUAGCAAAUUAACUUUGCUCUAGAAAUAAAGUAGUUGAGAUAUUUGCUCAUUUGUAAUUGUAGCAGUACUUUUGUUGUUUUUUGGGAAUAAUUCCAUAGUGCACAACCCAGUUUAGAUGGUU